CCACCAAAAAAAAAGGAAGAAGAGAAAGAUGAGUUCACGAGAGAUAUCCAUGGAUACAAUUAUGGAAGAUGAAGAUUCCUUUGUUUCUAAUACAAAUGCGAUCAUCUACGCUGCUUCAGAUAUCUCAGGCUGGACCCACAGUUUGUUCUCAGAUAACAAUAUUCCUAAUUCAUCCUCUUCUACCAGUGUAGACGAGCACCAUCAGCAGAUUUCAACUGCUGCCGGUGACGGUGGUAAAGAGGAUGAUUCGAUGAUUGUAUCAUCAAGUGCAUCUUCCAGCUGGUUUAAUGAUAAUAAGCAAAUUGAUGAUCACCAAGAGAUUAGGAUAUUUAACGUUGAUUUCAGUUCACUUUGCAACAACACUUGCAGUGGAUUUGAAUCUCAUGGUGGUUUAUUGCCGGAUACUGGUCGUACAGUGAACGGAGACGCUAGUGUUUUGCUUGUCAAUAUCAUAGUAGCUUGUGCCAAGGCAGACAAAAAGAACUACUCAUGUCUAGCGGACAGAUUAAUUCGUAACAUAAUAAGGAGAUUUGAAGUUGCACAAUUUGGAGGAGCAAUGAAGAAAGUGGCGACACAUUUUGCAGAUGCUUUCGAUAAUAAGAUUCACAGAUUGAUUCCACAAGAUAUUGUUGGAUUAUCCUAUAACCAUACGAGUGUCUACGGGAACUGCCUCUUCCUCAAAUUUGCCCACUUCACUGCCAAUCAAUCAAUUUUGGAGGCCUUUGCCAAUUUCAAUAGAGUACAUGUCAUUGAUUUCAGCUUCAAUCAAGGUUUGCAAUGGCAGGCACUUUUGCAGGCUCUUGCUUUGCGUCCUGGCGGUCCACCAGCUUUUCGGCUCUCAGGAAUUAGUGGCCAACCUAAGUCUGAUGAUGGUAGCGAUCCGUUACAGGAAGUUGGUUUUAAGCUCGCCCAAUUUGCAGAGUCAAUUGGUGUCGAAUUUGAAUUCUGUGGAUUUAUGGCCUAUGCUUUAGCUGAUCUUGAAGCAUCGAUGUUGAACAUUAGACCUAGUAAUGAGGAAGCAGUGGCUGUGAACUCUGUUUUCGAGCUUCAACCUCUGUUUUCCAUUCCAGGGGCAAUUGAGAAAGUGAUGGAUUUAAUAAAACAGAUAGAGCCCAAGGUUGUGACCAUCACCGAACAAGAAGUGAAUCACAAUGGGAGAGUCUUUAGUAGCAGGAUUAUUGAAGCAUCACGUUACUAUUCAACAAUGUUUGAUUUUCUGGAGAAUUUAGAAUCAAUUAGUCCCAACAAUUUAGACACGGUCAUGGAAAAGCAGUGCCUAGAUGUAAUGGUGUCAGAGAUCUAUAAUUUGGUGGCUUGCGAAGGGACUAAGCGAAUUGUGAGACGUGGGACUCUGGGUCAAUGGCAAGUGAGGAUCUACUCUGCAGGGUUCAACCUGGUUCCCCUGACUUCAGAUACUUACAAACAGGGAGCUAUGUUAUUGGCCUCUUUCCCAAAUGCAGAGGGAUAUAAAGUAGAAGUGAAAGAUGGGUCUCUUAUGCUGAGCUGGAAUAGUCUCCCUCUCAUAGCCAACUCCACUUGGCGGCUAUGUAGCCAAGUCUAGGGAGUCUGGUCAAUGGCUGAGGUUGCUCGGCAGCUGUCCUGGAAUAGCUUGCUGCUCUGCAACUGUCCUGCAUCAUCCAGUACGUAGUUUUAUAUGUCAACUAACUCAGAGCGCGCACACACUUGUGUUACUCUUCUUUUACUAUUUACAUGUAUCGUCUCAGAUGUAUCUGACAGUACAAAUUGAUAACAUUUGUAAGAUGGUUCUUUUCUUUGACCUCACUGAUAUUAAGAGGAUCUCUGCAGUAGCCAUCAACUUAGAUAACGUCAAGGACACAGUCUUUUGGAAACAGUUGUCUCUACCUCCAUGUGAUAGGAAUGUUUGAGUACACUCUACCCUCCCCAAACCCUGCUUAUGGGACUACACUAGAUUAACUUAGAUAAAGCGAAGGGCACCAUCUUUUGGAAACAAUCUCUCUACCUCUGUGAGAUAGGGGUAAGGUUUGCCACACUCUACCCUCUCCAGGGACCUUACCAAUGGGACUACACUAGAUUUAUUGUUACUGUUGAGGGUAGUACCUUGAUGUUCCUCGUUUUUAUGUUAUCAGAACUUGUUAUUGUCUGUGAUGCAACGCUAUUUUCUCUAUUUAA